GAACUUUACGAGCCAACCAAACCGUACACUUGCACGUUCACCGGUUCGUUUUUCGCAUCUUUUGUGCUACCCGUACGAGCCCGAAUUUAUUGUUCCGUUUCAACACGUCGCUGCAUGUUCCCGCGAUUCAACAAUUUCGUACGUUCUUCCUUUCGGUCUUGCCAUUAUUAUUGCUCGUAUCUCCGUUGCUAACCGAGGACGUCACGCCGAACAAUCGUCAACUCCGCGAUCCGCAACUGUUCACGACCAUCAUCCCGUUGUUGUCCAGAGAUGGCUGAUUUUGAUGAACAUGGAAAUUGGUUAACUGAUGAAAACAAUACUAGUAAUAUGAGCAUGAAUAUAAAAAAACAUAUAAGACAUGGACGCCAUAGAGCAAAAAAAUAUAAUUUUGUUGAUGAUCCUUCUGACAAAAUUGAUCUAAAUGUCCAAAAGUAUAAUGGUAUAGAUAAUGUUCAAAUUUUACUUAACUAUAUGGAAGAAAUGAAUUUAGGAAAUGUUGAAUUUAGUGUCUUUCAAUGCAAAUCAAAAUCUACAAACCUACCAGCCUUUUAUGCUAAUAUAAAGCUUGGUAAUAUAUCUCUGGCAAGUUCUUUCCCAGAAAAAUAUUCACUACCUGAAGUAGCUAAACAGGUUGCUGCUCGUAAUGCAUUAACUAUAUUGAAGAAGAAAUAUUCCCAUGGAAAUGUACCUGUAACAGAAGAUAUAGCAGUUGUUGCUGAAAGAUUGGAAAAGGAGCUACUAAAAAAUUAUGCUGGUUUAUUCUGUGAUAAAGUAGAAGAUAUUUAUAAACAAGCAUAUAAUGAGAGUUUGCCUUCAGACUGGUUGAUUAGUCUCAAACAAUUGCCUACAAAUAUAUUAAUUGAAGAGCUACCCAAUCAGAAUAAAUCUAUUUUAUAUUAUGCUUCUCUUGCUGAAAAAGAAAAGUAUGAAGAAUUAAUGGAUACUACAUCUAUAGUCGAAACAUGUGGAAAUUUGCCGUUGAUGAAGUUUGUAGAUAAAACUGAGAGGAGUAUUACUGUAAUCAGUAUUGAUAGUAAUCAUACAUUUUGGAUUCUUUUUGUACAUGAUAGCAUAAAUGAUGAGUAUGCCAAUUUGUUUCAAUUAAUGAACAUGCCAGAUGAAUCAAGAAAUUUUAUUAAAAUGUUUAGUAUUGAAAUAUUAGAUAUAUAUGCAGUUCAAAUUGAAAACGAAUGGCAUAGGUUUCAAGUAAUUAAAGUUGAAGAUGAUAAUGUUACUGGUAUUUUCAUUGACUUGGGCAUGGAGUGGUGUGUUACUAAAAGUGAUGUAAAGUUUUUGUCUCCAAAGUUUCUGAAUGUCCCUUCUCAAGCAAUUAAAUGUAGUUUAUCAUCUUUAUUUUUUGCUCCUUAUUUUCAAGUAGCCAAUAAUUUAUUUCAAAAAAUGUUAAUUGGUAAAGAAUUUACUGUAGUACCAGAUAAUAUUGAAAAUGAUGUUCAGUUGGUCACAUUGUAUAGUGGAAAAUGUAAUAUGAAUACAAAAAUUUUGGAGGCUAUCGUACAAGAAACUAAUUUUAAUAAAAUUGAUGAAACAUGCAAUCAAGCUACUAUUUCUUAUGUUGCUGAUGGUUAUCUUUAUUUACACCCAAUAAGUGAAACUUUGCUUAUUAUAGAAUCUAUUUUGGAUACAAUUUCAUCUUCUCGACCUCUGCAUCAAUUGUAUUCCAAAAAAAGUGUAUCACCUCAUAAAGUAUAUCUUGUUAAAUGUACAGAACUUGAUAUUUGGAGUAGGGCUGUAAUUGAUGAUUUUAUAAUUACUGGUCAAAAAUUUAAAGUAUACUUCAUUGAUUAUGGUAACUAUGGUUACAUCGAUCAAGAUAAAUUUAUUGACCUCCAGUCACUUGACGAAUUGUUGUCAAAAAUUGGUCCUCAGGCUUUGAAAGUAUCAUUCCAUUUAUUUCCCCCGGAAAAGCUCACGGAGAGUUUGAGUAAGGCAUUAUAUGAAAUGACUAUGGAAAAAUGUUUGGACGUUAAAGUUGUAUCAACUGAUGUUGAUGGAACUCCAGUAGUUGAAUUAUUUGAUGCUGAUGAUCAAACAGGAAAUAGUGCAUCUUUUAACAUUCAGUUACAUCAAAGUGUUUGAUGAUGGUCCUUAUAUAUUUUAUUCUAAAGAUGAAGAAUGAACUUGCGUCCAAAGUAUUUAUUCUACAUUAUAAAAUAUUAUUAAUUGUUUGACAUUUAUUCAAAUUUUUAUCAGCUAAAU